AUGGCUGGAUAUCCUCUACUUCUGCCAAUUUUGUUUACAGCCUAUCAACGACGGCUACUGCAUGAGGAGGGAAAGCGUAUAUGGGAGAGACUUCUAGAGGUUGAAACAAUGAGUGGCCAGACUGGGGUGCCAGUCAUGCAUGCCAAGUUACUACAUGCUCUACCAACAAGUAGAAACUUCGACAGAAUGACUAAAGGCGUACUCGAAGUCGUCCAGCUAGCUGCCGCCUGGGUGAACUAUACGGAAGUUCUCCUUUCAGCAAUAGAGGCCAUUCAAGAGAGCAUGCGGCACAUCAAUACCACAACUCCGCAUGCACGAUUGGACUAUGUAGAAAAAGCUGAAUCGGUUAUGGUAGAAUACCUGGAAUUUAUCUCUCAAAGAUGCAAAGUCAUGCUCUCGGAGCUCCAGUAUUAUUAUAAGCGAGGACAAGCACAGAUGACUGCUCUCUAUAAUUAUAUCGCCAAAAGUGAUGCCCAAUCUACCUUAGAUAUCUCCACAAGUUCUCGCCAGAUCGCCGCAGCCUCGAGGCGUGAUAGUUCGGCAAUGAAAGGCAUAGCGCUUCUGACCAUGUUUUUCUUACCCGGUACUUAUGCUGCAACUUUCCUAGCCAUGCCGCUGUUUGAUUUCAGCAACCCCUCCGGAGCCCCGACAGUAAAGUCUGGUUUCUGGAUCUACUGGGCGAUAACGAUUCCCCUUACAACUAUCGUCCUUGUGGCCUAUCUUACAUAUCUUGUGCGGAUCCAACGUAGAGAUCGGCUUGAGGAUCACAAGAUCGUACGCCGCUUGAAUGAAGAUGAAAAGGGCCGAUCAACACAUGCUGUACAUUCUGCGGAUGCAAUCAGGAUGAGAUCUCGUGGUAAAGGCGCAGUGCAGCAGCUCGACGAUGCCGUUGGCCGCAGAAGUCGUAGGCACUGGAAACCUCGAUCCCUAACUCAAAUCUCGAUCGAUGGGCGAGGCGUGCGGGAGACGAGGUUCACAUAG